GAGUUUGUGUGUUCAAAUCCCAUACCUCACAAUUUUUUUUUUCUUUUUGUUUCAUUUGCCUGUUUCCUCUCAUUUCGACAUUUCCAUUCUCUCAUUUGUCAUUUUCCCCAAAUUGUAAAACCGUAACUAGUAAAUCCCCUAAAUCCUCAGCCCGUAAGCCGCCGCCGUUCACCGCUCCGGCCUCCCGUGCUCGGUGCUCCACUGCUCCGUCAUCCACUCAUCCAUAUUCCGUGGCUCUGUAGUGUUUGGAGUUUACACGUAAACUGUGAGUUAUGACGGAACAAGAGAAGGUGGUAACUGAUAUGGAUGACUUUGACUUAUUCAAUAAUAGUAAGGAAUGGAACAAUUUUUACAAGAGGAAAAAAAAAUCAUCUGCUGUAGAAUGGUAUUUAUCGUGGGAUGAAUUGAGCCCCGAUAUUAUGCCUAAUCUCGAAAAUCUACAAUCACCUAAUAUACUUGUUCCGGCUUGUGGCGAUUCAAGAGUAAGUGAGCAACUUUAUUCGAGUGGCUUCCUUAAUAUCACUAAUGUGGAUUAUUCGAGUGAGUUGAUCGAGACAAUGAAGAAUCAACACAGAGAAAAAGUUGGAAUGCAAUGGCUAACAAAGGAUGUUCUAGCCCCACUUCAGGAGUCACCUAUUCUCAUUCCAAGGUCGUAUGAUGUAAUUUUGGACAAAGGGUGCUUUGACUUCCUUUGUUUAUGGGCUGAUCUCAUGAGUAAGGGUGACAAGUGUCUUGAUCAAUAUCUUCACAAUGUGAAAGAUCUAUUAGGGUUCAGAGGCAAAUUCAUAAUCCUAACAAGAUUAUAUUGGGAAAAUACACUGGCUUUUUUGUACCAUCGAUUUUGGUUGGGGUGGAAAUUGACUUUGCAAAGGGUAUUUCCGCAAAAAGAUUCUGAUGAAAUGGCGGUGAUGUUUGUUAUCGAGAAGUGUACCAAUGGACUUAUAUAUAACAUCAUUCAGGAUGAUAAAAAUCAUAAAACUCUAUCCGCUGAGGUUGACCAGGAGAACAAAUCAAUUGACAACUAUAGGAAGAGGGCCAAAUCAAAAGAGGACUUUGAACGUUCCUUAAGAGGCAAAGGGGUCGAAAAUUGCUGUGAGGUUGAUGAUGGUGAUUAUCGAAUAAUUGUGUUAAUAGAUAGUAAUAAGUUCCAUGACGUUAAAAAGGUUGAUGUUCUUUGGGUACCAGAGGAUGAUCUGGUGUUACAUUCAAAUGCGCUAACCAAUUCUAAGUAUUGGCAAUUAGAGCAUUUUUUUUCCACCGUGACUAGAGCAUCUGCAUUGUUGUUUAUUGUUCUGUCUCCCAAGUUACAAUUACAUUUGCAAAGUGACACGCAAAUGGAUAAAAUUCGUUUGGAUUUGAAGCCACUGUUGGAAACUAUUGAUCCAAAAAUUCAAGUAGGCUGGCUCAAAAUGUGGAAUGAAGAACAUCAAAAAAAAACUGACGGAUAUUGGUUUCCUACCUACCCCUCCAAGUUCAAAGCCUACCCCUCGAAGUUCAAAGGCUUCCAAGAAGGGUUCCAAAAAAAGUGGCACAUCCAAGGGAAAAGAAAAGCUAGAAAAGGAUGAUAAUUCUUUUGGGAAAGAUUUGAAUGAGGAGUCAAUAGUAGUUGUUGGGGAUUUGGAUAAGGUGGAUGAAGUGGUGGAUAAGGUGGUGGAUGAAGUGUUAGAUGAGAAAGUGGACCUCAUUGAACAAACAUCUACAGGAGGAAUGGCACUCCCACCGUUAGAUUUUCCAAUCUUUCAUGAUGGCGAUCCAAUUUCAUACUAUUCAAAAUCGUUCACCAUUGCAUCUUGGUUAAAAGAUCAUGAAAAGAAAGAAGAUAGGUGGCUAGGUGAAUAUGUUAAAUGGAAAGAUAUAUUGCCCCAAGUCGAGUGUCCUAAUCUUUUGAAACGUGAAUCUUUGAGAAUCAUGCAAAGUAUCGUAAUAGGGGUGCUUGACUAUCAUGAGAAAUAUGGUGCUCAUGAUGGUUUGCAUGAUUGGACAAACAUUUUGAUCACACAAGUUGUUAUCAAUCAUAUUGGCUCCAAAAUUGUUAGGUUUGAGACCAAACUAUCACCUCGAGAUAGAGUGACAUUUGAUGAUUCCUUGAUGAUAUUGAAAAAGCGAGGUGAUAUGCAGAAUGUCUUGCUAAUCAUGGAGAAACUACUUGAAGGAGUAACCAAAAAUUCUGAAUUAAAAUACUUGGGCGAUCUUCUGUUUCAUUAUCCCUAUGAAGGGAAGCUCAAUUGGAAGACACUGUUGCUUAAAAACUAUCCAGCCUUUUGGGAUGGCCUAGAAAGAGCUGAAUUUUCGGUCACCUUGUAUUUUCAUUUGGUCUCCAAUCCCAAUUUUAGGGACACUCUCAAAUGGUCCAUCCGACUAAGCAGCGAGUAUCUACAUGGUUGGAUAUCACGAAUUCCACCUGACACUAUUUUUGAAAAGAUUUUGUGUGGAGAUGAUUCGAAUGAGGACCAAUUUCGGGUGAAAAAGUAUACAGAAGGUGAUAUCACUGAAGUAGUACGAUACAUGAGGGCGACAGUGCACCACUUCCGGGAGAAAGGAGGAGCUGAUCUUGAUUUGCGCUAUAUAGAAGCUGCACUGUCUCACUUAUUCGAAAACUACAUAAUGGAGAUUUAUAGUAGAAUGUGUCAGAAUAGAUUUUUUUUAUUGUGAUAAGUGCAUGAAAAGAGGCAUACAAUUGACUUCUAUGUUUCUGCCUCUUCUGCUGGGUGUCUACUGCUGGAUGCUGGUCAGGGUAUUUCUGUGAUGUACAGGCUGCUGUUGGUUCCUGAUUUUGCAAGCUUCUGUUGGUGCUGUUGUUCGAUUGCUGGUUGCUGUUCUGGUUAUGCUGUUGGCUACUGUGUUGCUCUCUUUUCUGGUUGCUGCAGCCUGGGUUUGGUGCUUCUGGUUGCUUGCUACUUCGUUUUUCUGCUGUUCUGCUGUUGCUGGCUGUUUGGGGUGCUCUGCUGGUGCUCAAGGUUGCUGCUUCUGCUGUCCUCUUGCUGCACCGUGGCUGUUUUUCAGUCAGCUUUGGGAUUCUGAGUUCUCAAUGUGUUUUUUGGGAUUGUAAAGAUGUGGAUGUUGUUUGAAAGGCUUUUUUUGCUAUAGCUUGUUGGUGCUCCAUCAUUAUUAGUUUGCUGCGUUUCUUGUAUUGUUUCUGGCAGAUUUGGUGUUCUUUGUUUUAGGUGCUUUUGUCUGGUCCUGGCUUUCUAGAACCCUUCCUAGAAGGUGGCUAAGCUUGAACCUUGAACUGUGUGGUUGGUGGUUUGGCCUUCUAGGUCUUGUUUAGUUUGAGUUUUUUGCUGGUUGCAGCUUUGCUUUUGUAAGUUGUAACUAUCUUUCUUUGGUAAAUUUCUAUUUACCAAAAAAAAAAAAAAAAAAAAAAGUUUAUCUUUUGAGCAGCAAGUUUCUAAAUGUUGUAAUAUAUCUCUCUGACUGCUGUACUUGGAUGUUUGGCUAUGGCCUAAUAUAUAUAAGUUCGUUUCCUUUGUGUAAAAAAAAAA